ACAGAGAGGUAAUCAGCCUGUGCAGAUAUCGGAGGGUACCAAAGAAAGCAGCCCGUCUUCACAAAUGGAGCAGCAGCAGACUCUAGAGGGGUCUGAGCAAACUGCUAGUUCUGCAUUACUUCCAAAGACUCCACCGCCUCCUGAACUGUCUGUUGCAGCUGAUGAAAUCUCUUCCUACAGGCUUAAACAGCCAGCGUCUCUACCUAAGACACCAUCUCCACCACACCUUUCACCUGCAAAAGAACAUGCUUUCACAUUCAAAAACUCUGUCCCUCAGAUGACCUUGCCUCUGAAUUCAUCACUAAUGCAACAGAAUGUUUCAUCAGAGAGUUGCCUUCCAUUCGGUAAGCCUUCACAGCCAGCUUCUUUGCUUAGGACAUCUCCAGUAGCAAAUCUGACUUCAAGGUUAGAUAGCACAUUGCUUCCUCAGAAGUUUAGUCCCCCAGCAACUGUGCCAAGAACCAUGCUACCACCAAAAGUAUGUGCCACAGAAAGCUGCCUUAAUUUGUCUAAGGCUGACCUUCAGGUUUCAUCACUUGAAAAUCUUCCAUCACCACAAUUGUGUUCUGAGGAGCAGACAGCUGUAAAGAAAGGUGCUUAUUCAGGGCAGUUUCCUUUGACACCAACUCCAAAAAUAGCUGAAGGUGAAGACAGUGGUUCUCAUAAUGUGGCUCAUCCUGCAUCGCUUCCCAAAACACCACCACCACCACCAGAAUUGCCUCCUGAAGCUGCAACUGCACUUCCUCCUCAGAAACCAGAACUGAAACUGACCCAUGUACUGAAUCCCAAAGGAAUUGCUCUUUCGUGGUAUGUUGUUAAUGUUGACCCUAAUUGUGCACCUGUACACAGUUACCAUUUGUACGCCUAUCACGAAGAAUCCAACAUUAAGACUUCACAGUGGAAAAAGCUGGGUGAAAUAAAAGCUCUGCCACUGCCGAUGGCCUGCACAUUAAGUCAGUUUGUAUCCGGAAGCAGAUACCAUUUUGCAGUGAGAGCAAAGGAUAUUUAUGGCCGAUAUGGACCCUUCUGUGAUAUAAAGUCAACUUCUUUGUAAAAUUCACUGAAAUCAAAUUGACAGUUAAAACAUUAAAACUCAUUUAGGAAAGUAAAUAACUUUCCUUUUUUAAUACUGUGAGAUCUUGGGAUCUAUGAUCUUAGUCCUAAGGUACCUUGUGUUCUUGUUUUAUCAUUUUUUUUCUCCAUUCUUUAUUAGAUCAGCUCUUUUCUUUG